AUGUCUGCGAUUGGCACCUGGUCGUUCUCUCCCCUGAUUACCUCUUUCCCUUCAACCGUCCUUCCUAAUGUCGAAUUCUGGAAGGUAACGAACGGAACAUGGGAGUACCAGGUUGAAAUAGGUUACCCAUUAAACUGGACAUCGAAAGCGGCCGACAGUGUCGUUGACACAAUGUAUGUGCUGGACGGUAAUGCGUUGGGUUUGGGUGCUACAGAAUCUUUCCGCAGACGUCGACCUGUAGAAUUUGCCCAGCCAGACACCAUUGUUGUCUCCAUUGGGUACCCCGAAACCAUCGCCGACUCUCCAUACAGCACGCAUCGUAGCGUUGACUUCCAGCCCCCAGUAUGCGAUACCUGCACGCUGCCAGAGGUCCCUGGUGUUCAGUCCGGCGCAGACAAUUUCAUCGAGUUCAUAGACACUGUCCUUCGCCCUUGGGUGCAAGACACAGCCUUCCCGAACGCUGACUUCUCCCGUGAUGCGCUCUAUGGACACUCCUUUGGCGGUCUCUUCGUCCUCUAUGCGCUCAUUGCCCGUCCCGAUCUCUUCGACACUUUCCUUUCGGCCUCUCCCGCACUUUUCUGGAACAAUGAUUACAUCCUCGAUAACCUUGGUCCUCUUGCCGCUUCCAAUGGCGCUAGGGAUGCGCAAAAUGAUAAGCCUGCUUUCCAGAUAAGUUACGGCGCGCUUGAGCAGUUCCCUGUCAAAAGACGAACAGAGACUACUGAAGCCUUUGAAUUUCGAAAGAGCAUCCUCGAACCGAUGAGGAUGACUACGUUGACCAAUCAGCUGUACAACUCCAUCAAGGACAGCCCCGCCCUGAGAGACGUGGAACUACACGAGUACCCCUUUAGCGAUCAUGCCGCCGUUGGCGGUGCUGCGCUGUCUGAUGGUAUCGAUUAUUUCCUAGACUGGUAA